AUGGCCGAAAUUGCCCUGCCACGACACCGGGCUACACAGUCGCAAGCUGGUGUUGGCUCACCGCUCUACCAGCGUCGACAACACUCCAAUGCCGGCCCCAUUGAGCUCAUCCCCAACCCGGAAUUCUCCUUCCCCAUGCGAGGACCAGAUACCGCCUCUUCAGAGCCUGCACCCACAAACUCGCGGCCAAUGUCCCUGCAAGCGUAUCCAGCUGGUCGUCGAGGCUCCAUGCCGCACUACCGACAGAAGUCUAUCAACGCUCUACCAGACUUUUCCUUCAAUCCGGCAGGACCAGCAAAGCCAGCUACCAUCGAAUCUUCACCACCACAGUCACCGGCGACACUGCCUGUACCAGUAUCGCCGUCAAAGCCGGCACAUGGCCACAGACGCGGGGGCAGCGAGUUCAUUGGCGGUGACGUACGACCUGGCGGCACCGCCCUGAUGAGCAGCAGCCCGACAAAGGGUGAAGAUGUCCUUCCUACACCAAGUUCGACACUGCGUCCGGGUCCGCCAGCGGGUCGUCGCGGACACGCUCAUCGUCGCUCGGGUGCCAUCUCCUCUCACGACCUCACAACCAUCAUGAACCCACCUGCUCCAGCGCGAACGGGCAGCGCGCCCAACACACCCUCCGAGGGCAACCAGUUCGCUUUCGGCCACAAGUUCAACAGAUCUGUCUCGCAACCCUCGCUACGCGAAAACGGCGCAGACGAUGAGGCGCGACCACCAUCAAGGGCCCGUGUUACCUUCUCCGAUAGAAUCGAGACCAUUCGUCCGCUCUCCACCAUCUCUUCCGAGACUGAAAUUUCAACCAUCAGGGGACACUCAGCUGCCAACAGCCUGUCCUCGAUUGUCAGUUGCAGCAGCCCGGCGCCUGUGCGACCAGGACGCCCUAGCACAACCCUAAACACAGUUGAAGACGAGGACCGACCAAGCACGGCUGGAAUGGUGCUCGACAAGUUCAUGGGCAGCCGCCUAAAUGGUGAGGUCAUGGAACGCAAGCGACCCACGUCCGCCAUUUCCCCCAUCUCCCCAACUGCGCCAAUCCCGAAAGUGCAAGCCAAGCGACGCAGUCUCUUCCAAAAGGAUCGCAGUGAUAACUCAGUUCCUACCCUUCCUACCAGUGCCUCCGAUCCUGCCCUCUCCAAAUCCUUCGACACACCUCUAGCAUCACCCACUAAAGAUGACGACUCAGCAGAGGUCGCCGAAAAGCCGAAAGCUGCGUCGCGCAAAAGCGGUCGCAAGCCCCGGAAAGUCAAGUCAUGGGCAAACUCCAUCAUCACCAGGAAAGGAAAGCACAGCAAAAAGGCCAAGGCACGAUCUCCCACACCACCACCAUAUGCGGGCAUGGACACCGAAGACUCCGAUGAAUCAGACGAGAUGGACUUUGAGCCCAACUUUGAUGAUGACACCACAGUCACCAUCGUCUCCCCCACCGAGAACUCAGUUCCUCUGCCGAAGAUUGACACCGACUACGCUUCGUGGCAACCACGUGAGCUGAAACGGGUUGAUUCUGACAUCAUGAGCCCGGUGAUCGACCUUGAUGCCGCACUUGGACCCUUCAACACUCCCAAUGGCACGAGCCCUCGAACCCACCAGCGGGGCUUUUCGGCACAUCGACGAGCCAUGCACAGUGCUGGCGGCAUUGCACCUUCGCACAGGAGGACGGAGAGCGCACCUGAAUUGGUACCCUUUGAGAACCGACCAUCAGCAGUUGCUAAUGCUUCGCCUAUGGCCGAUGUGUUCGAAGAGGAGGAACCAGAAGACGACCUGACUCUGGCGAUUCCUGCAAAGGCAAAGUCUACUGCUGCAGAACCCGAAGAGCCGAAGAUCUCGGUCGUGGAGGCAGAUGCGAAGCAGGAGGGCACUGCUAUCAACUGGAACUUCAACGACGGACUUGGCAUCAAGCGUACUGCGAAGCACGACGACGUUGAUGCAUCUGAGCCACUGUCUCCUCGAGCAGUGCCUGCUGAGUCCAGCGAGAACGUCUCUGAGCAAACGCAGGCCUCAGAGCCUUUUGAAGUUGUGGAAGAUCAUGAGGAGCCCCGCACAUCAUCACUCACACAUUCGUCCGACUCCACUGUCACCGCCCAGCCAAUGGAGGAUUCGCCAAAGCAUCAUCAACCCGCCAUGAACUUGUCGCUCCCACUGGGUCAACAAAGUCUCAUGACACCCGACACGGUUACUUCUUCAUUUUCCUCGCCAGACUGCCGAUCCAGUCAGAUCUCGUUCGAUAACGGCCGUGGAGGCACUGCAGCUUCCUCGAUGACAGACUACCCCGUGAUGCCUUCUCCCCGCUUUGGCGAGCCUGGACCUGAAGUUCGCAUCUCUACGGAGGUCCCGUCUCUGACUUCUUCCAGGUCGACGAUGACCAGUGCAAUGCAGAACGCCUUCCCGCUCGUCAGUCCCCGUCGAUUUGGCGACCGCACCUCGUCUCUCUCCUCUGAUCCCAGUGAGAUUGAGUCCCGCCGUCGCAAGCGCUCUAGCAUUGCUAGUCUCUCUAGGCUGAUGGGAACUUCUUCUUCCUCGUUCAGCGAGCGCAGCAAGCUUUCCAUUGAGCAGCGUCCUCAGUCAGAACAUCGCGAGCCCACCAAGGACAAGAAGAAGAAGAACAUCGGAAGCAGACUGAAAAAGUUCUUCCAGCACACCCGAGAUUCCUCCCCAUCAAAGACCUGA